AUGCUGUUUGGGUUACCUCGAUUGACUAUACCAAAGAGCUGGAUCUCAAGCUUUGCUUGCAGCUACGUUUCUCUGUCACAUUGUACAGUGACAAAGCACAUUGUUCUUGGAACAACAACGAGACAUUCCUCUAUCUGGACUUCUUGUCGAACACUUGCCAACAAGAUAGGACAAGAAAACCUUGAAGAAUCGAUCGUCUUUUCAUCUGAGAAAAUGGAAGUCAUUCAUUUGCACAAAACGGUGGAAUCAACACAAGAGGAAGCCAAACGAAUCCUACAAGAACGCAUCUCGAAACAGGAAGAUACUUCUUCUAAACUAUUACCCACUAUGAUUGCCGUUCUUGCCGAUGGACAAACGAAAGGCCGUGGAACAUCUGGUCGCUCUUGGGUCACAACACAAGGUAAUUUGUUCUUGACAUGUGCCUUUGCGGUGGAGCAAAUUCCACUUUCCAAAAUCACCAUGCUGCCACUAGGUUGUGAAAUUGUCAUUGCUGAUCAAUUGGCCUUGCACUGCUCGCGGACCAAACCUACCCUCAAGUGGCCCAACGAUGUCUUGUUGGAUGAAAUGAAAGUGGCAGGGACUUUGAUUGAAAACUUUACCAUCCAAAACCAAACUUGGUGGUUGGUGGGGAUUGGAGUCAAUCUUCAAUCACAUCCAAAAGAGCUAGUUCAGGAACGUGAGGAUGCCCUUGCCGUUCCACGAUCGGCGGGGUCCUUACAAAUGUUUUGCUCGAACACUAUAAUUCCGACCGCCCCCGAGUUGGGCGUUAGCAUUGCCAAUGGUCUAUUGGAAUUCCUAACGACGAUACAUUCAUCUUCUAGUACUACUGAUUCGAUCGUUGCGAGAUGGAAGAUGUACGCGCAGCUGGGUGUUCCCUAUACCAUUCGCAAUACGGGGGAGGUUGUCCACGUCAACGACAUACAGCCGGAUGGACAGCUGCGAGUAUUGGGAAGUAAUGGACAAGAACGCUUUCUGUCAACGGAUUAUUUUCAUUAG